AAUUCAAUUCGUAGUGCUCUCUCUCUCUCUCUUUCCCACUGUCACAAAGCCAUCACCAAAGUCUUCUUCAUCUUCUUCACAGAUUCACAGAAAAAAAAAACACAUUUAAGUGAGUUUCGUUAUGUAAGGACCAUUUCAUCGACCAUGAAAAUCGAUAUUUUCUCGAAUUUAUUCCAAAUAAUAUUCAUUUUCCAUUUCUUAUUUGUCAUCUCACCGUCUUCUCAGUCUACAACGGAGCUCUUCUUCGAGGGCUUCAAGAACGCAGAUCCCAGCAACCUGACGUUAAGCGGUGUCGCCGAGAUCCAACCCAACGGUUUACUCCGGCUAACCAACCAAACCAGCCGGUUGCUCGGCCACUGCUUCUACUCUUCCCCAAUCCAGUUCAAGAACCACAGAAACGGUGCCGUUUUCUCCUUCUCCACCACGUUCGCCUUCGCCGUCGUCCCUCAGUUCCCCACCCUCGGCGGUCACGGCCUCUCCUUCGCCGUCUCUCCCGCGGCCGACCUCCCCGGAGCUACACCGUCGAACUAUCUUGGCCUCUUCAAUUCCUCCACCGACGGUAACUUCACGAACCACCUCUUAGCCGUCGAGUUCGACACGGUUCAAGACUUCCUGUUUCAGGACAUCAACGAUAACCAUGUCGGGAUCGAUAUCAACAGCGUCGUCUCCGAUAAAUCUGUCUUCGCCGGUUACUUCGACGACGAACACAACCACACGUGGCGAAACAUCAGCCUCCAGGACGGGAAACCCGUUUUCGCCUGGAUCGAUUACGAUUCUGGUACGAAUCUCUUGAACGUCACUCUUUCUACGAAUUCCAGAAAACCCAGAUCUCCGAUUUUGUCGUAUCGUAUAAAUCUUGCCCCGAUUCUUCACGACAAGAUGUAUGUCGGGUUCGCAGCUUCGACGGGCUUGCUCGCGAGCUCGCACUACGUAAUGGGUUGGAGUUUUAAGAUCAAUGGGGAAGCUAAAAAUCUCGAUUUAUCAUCUCUCCCGUCGAUCACUGGCUCGAAGAAGAACAGCACCGGUCUGAUUGUCGGAGUUUCGGCAUCUGCUACUGUUCUCGCUAUAUCCGCCGUGAUUGCAUCGGUCGCUCUGUUUCUGAGAUUCAAAAACAGAGAUGUGAUCGAGGAUUGGGAGUUUGAGAUCGGUCCCCAUCGGUAUUCAUACACCGAGCUGAAGAAAGCGACAAGAAAUUUCAGCGAAUCGGAGCUCCUGGGUCGAGGCGGGUUCGGGCAGGUUUUCAGAGGAACACUGCCGGGUUCGAACAUCCGAGUCGCCGUGAAGCGAGUUUCGCACGAGUCAAAACAAGGUCUCCGCGAAUUCGUGUCAGAGAUCGCGAGUAUCGGUCGGUUACGUCACCGGAAUCUCGCCCAGCUCCUCGGAUGGUGUCGGAGACGAGGCGAUCUUCUCCUCGUCUACGAGUUCAUGCCUCACGGAUCGCUCGACAAAUUUCUGUUCAAUGAGAGACCCCAGAUCGAACUGAGUUGGGAUCAACGGUUCAAGAUCAUCAAAGACGUUGCUUCUGCUCUUUUCUAUCUCCACGAAGGAUACGAACAGGUUGUUCUUCAUAGAGACGUCAAGGCGAGUAACGUUUUGUUAGACGGUGACCUAACCGGCCGGUUAGGGGAUUUCGGUUUAGCGAGAUUAUACGAUCACGGUACUAACCCAGGUACAACCCGGGUUGUCGGUACGCUCGGUUAUCUCGCCCCGGAGGUUCCCCGAACUGGGAAAUUUACUACCAGCUCAGACGUAUAUGCUUUCGGUAUGCUGCUUUUAGAAGUUGUGACCGGGCGUAGACCAAUUGAGAUGAAAACCGGACCGGAUGAUUUGGUAUUGGCGGAUUGGGUUUGGGACCGGUUUAAAACCGGGCGAGUUGCAGAAAUCGUUGAUCCGAAAUUGGGGAACCGGUACGACGAGAGCGAGGUUUUGCUUGUGGUUAAGCUCGGUUUGAUGUGUUCGGACAAUGUACCGACCUCUAGACCGACUAUGAGACAAGCGGUUCGGUAUUUACGCCGAGAAAUCGAUACUCCGCGGAAUUUGGAUAACCCAGAGCAUACGUACGGAGAAUCUAAGGCUAACAUUAACAGAUUUGAUGGUUUCGAAGGCUUUUACGGAUCGACGUCGUUUGGUCAGAGCAAUUCCCGGCAUCGGUAUAGUUAUACCGGGACCGGUUUUGCGAGUUCGGAUUCUAUUUCUACAUCUCCGGUUUCUCUUCUACGGGAAACAAUGUAGAUUUGGAAAAAAGGUGACAACUUGCUGCGAGUGGAGCACUACCAUUUUUUUAAAAUAUGAUUUCUUUGGAGAAAAUUAUUGGUCUAACAAUCAAAAGAUCCGAGGAAUAUAUCGAAGUCUUCUUUGUUCCUUAUUCGUCAUUGCCUUUUUUUAUUUAAAAAAAUAAAUAAAUUAUCCGUAUGUUUAAUUCA